UUAUCCGGGGUGGAGUAAUGUUUAGGAACAUUCUAAUUUAUAAAGAGGGCCUAACAACACAAAAGGGUUGACAUUGAGUCCACCCAACCAAUUGAUCAGCAAUUGUAAUUACUAAGGCUGUAAAUAUGGUCUGAGAUUCAUAUUGAGCAUACCUGGGUUCUCCUGCCAUACUGACAGUAACGAUCGUGAGGUGAUAGAGUGAGGAUAUGCGCUACUUUUGGACCUGUAUACCCGGCUGACAAUAACUUUGUGACCCUUUGAGAGUCUAAUUUUAUGUGGGCUUUAUUUAUUAUUUCAAGAAGUUCAGCGUCGAGAGGUUUCUUGCCUCGGAUGGCUCUGAAGGCGCCCAUCCCACGUCAGGCCUCAGCCUGAUAGUCAGGUUUUUAUGCCCAGCCGGCUCGUCAGGCUGCUAAGCCUCCGCCGGAUCAUCGGGCUCCCACACCUCAGCGGGAUCGACAGGCCUUCAUGUCUCAGCUGGAUCGACGGGCCUUCAUGUCUCAGCUGGAUCGACGGGCCUUCAUGUCUCAGCGGGAUCGACGGGCCUUCAUGUCUCAGCGGGAUCGACAGGCCUUCAUGUCUCAGCGGGAUCGACAGGCCUUCAUGUCUCAGCGGGAUCGACAGGCCUUCAUGUCUCAGCUGGAUCGACAGGCCUUCAUGUCUCAGCGGGAUCGACAGGCCUUCAUGUCUCAGCGGGAUCGACAGGCCUUCAUGUCUCAGCUGGAUCGACAGGCCUUCAUGUCUCAGCGGGAUCGACAGGCCUUCAUGUCUCAGCGGGAUCGACAGGCCUUCAUGUCUCAGCGGGAUCGACAGGCCUUCAUGUCUCAGCUGGAUCGUCAGGCUCCUAUCCCUUAGCCGGCUCGCCAGGCUCUCACGCUUCUGCCGGUUCUUCGGGAUUUCACUCCCAGCCAGGUUGUCCAGCGCCCGAUUGGUGCUUCAGAGUAGCCCGUCACACUCGCCCAGGUGGGAUGCCAGGUGGCACCUCUGGGGGGGGGUGUACUGUCACGCCUGCUCCCGCUCUUCCCCCUGGCACUCAGCAUUAAUUGCUGACGCUGUUCCUGUCUUGUUUCCAUGUCUGUUCCAAUUAAAUGUUUGACUCCCCGUACCUGCUUCUCUGCUUCAGCGUCAGUCCUUACUUAAUCUGAAUAUUGUCUUCAAUAAAUGUGUGCUAUAAAGAUGC